GAGCGUCAUUUUCGCAAAAACCCCUUUUAGCAGGGCUGUUUUGAUAACCGAAGCAAAAAGUCUCAAUCAAGUAGUUGAAAUAAUGAAUAGCGCAGACGAGCGGAUAAUUUCCGUAAUAAAUACGCAUUUCAUAAGCGACUCUGGGAAAAUCUCCUCAAUGAGGUAUGAAACCGAUUUCGCCACCCACCAAGUGCUAAGCAAGGGCCCCUUUUACCCCCUCAAAACCGUAAGUUUAACACUCAGCGAUGAGGUGAAUUUUAGUGAGUGUCGAAUUUUUAACGAAGACCCCGGAACGGUGCGCUUGUACAAAGCGGAGGACCCCCAAAUCGUGCUAAAACGCAGACAAAAGCUCAACAUCCCCAGCAUGAUCAGGUGCCAGAACUGCGAGACCAACUACCCCACGAAAUACCAGUACCAGAGACACCAAUGCGAGUUCAACGCCGAAAAAGUGGUCCUGAAGCCCAACGCCGACUUCAUCGACAUAGAAAAGGGGAAACGCAUCAAGUACGACUGCCCCACGUGUGGCAAACAGUUCGUGAGCAAGAACAACUUGGAGCGCCACCAGACCAGCCACGAGAGCUCCAAAGACAACACCUGCGAGCACUGCAAGAAGCAAUUCGUGAGCGAAAACCGCCUCAGAAUCCACAAGGAGAACCACUGCAAGAAGGCCGGGGACAUCUCCAAGUUCUACCGGAGCGAUGUGACCGUCUGGAAGUGCAAAAAGUGCCACGAGGUGUUCUCCUCGAGCACCACGGCGGGGUACCACGUCGAGGACUGCGCCGAACUGAUCGACAGCUGCGACAUCAAGAAGGAGCCGCUGAACGAGAACAAAACCGAGACUAAAACCAUCGAAAAAAUCUCAACCGAGAUUCUACUCCAGUGUGAAUUCUGCAACCGCACUUAUGCCGAUAAACAAAUCCUCCUCAAGCACCAAAAAACCCACAAAACCGACAAAAACUACGAAUGUGUGGUGUGUAAAGACGUUUUUGAUUCGUACAUAACCGCAUCGCAACACUGGCUCAAAAAAUGCUCAGAGAAAGCAAACCUCUUCUAUUUACCCAAACUCACCUAUUGCGAGUUUUGCGACCGCACAUUCAAAUCGCAUGAAAUUCUCUAUACGCACAAGAUCAAAAAGAAGCAUUACACCCCCAAAAUCCAUGAUAAUACACCGGAAAAAUCGACCCAAGUCAAGGAUAUAAAAAACGAGGAUGUUAUAGAUAAACUGAUCGAGGAUGUGCUUAUAGCACUCGAAAUUCCCAUCAAUAAGCGCAAGAAAAUCGACAGUGAGAAUAAGGAAAAUCUCGCGACUGACGAGACCAUCACUGUGAAAUCGGAGCCCUUGAGUCAGAACGAACCCUUGGAGGAGAAUGUAGCACCUGAGAAAAAAAAGAGGGGGCGCAAACGCAAGUUUCCGAAACAGACUCCAAAGGCGAAGAAGCCUUGUGUGGCCUUGGAUGAGGGUUUUAAAUACCAGUGUGAACGUUGCACUGAAGUGUGGAAUACCAUAACCGAGUUGGAAACUCAUCGCGAGAAGGAGCAUGCGGCUAACUUCAACUGCGACGAGUGUGGACAGGUUUUGCACAGUGCUCGAGCCCUCUUGAUCCACAGCCGGGCCCACAAGAGCCUGAAACCGUAUGUUUGCGACACUUGCGGUCGCAGCUACUCGCAGACGUCGCACUUGUGGCAACAUAUGCGUUUCCACCAAGGGAUUAAGCCGUUUGCGUGUCCACACGAAGGGUGCGAAGCGAGGUACACGAUCCGACCGGAUUUGAAGGACCAUAUCCGCAAGGUGCAUACAAGAGAGAGACCCUUCAAAUGCAGUGUUUGUGGGAAGUGCUUCUUAACCGGUUCGGUUUACUACCAGCAUCGACUUAUACAUACAGAGGAUCGACGAUAUGGAUGCGAUAUGUGCGAAAAGCGGUUCUUUAGAGCUGACGCUUUGAAUAACCAUAAAAGAAUUCAUACGAAUGAAAGACCGUAUCCGUGUUUCGUAUGUGGAAGGUUGUUUAGACAGAAAGGGGACAGGAAUAAGCAUUUCAGGACGCAGCAUCCCGACGCCAUUUUGAAUUGACUGUAGGCUUAAGAGUUACAAGUAAAAAUGUUUGCUUUGUUUAUUGUUGCAUGUGUUACUAGUUUGGAGUUUUUUUCUAAUAAAUAUAAUGUCAUUAGUUCCAA